UUGAGUUAAAUUGCACUGUUGCAUCAGACAACGGGAGAUAAGGAUACAUGGGAAUAAGAAUGCGUCAGUGACACUUGUAUAAACAACCCGUUAUUUUCAGGGUCCCUACCAGGAGCAGCGCCGCCAGCGUGUGGCUGUCGUUCUUAGCAUGCGUAAGAGCGUGGAGACAUCUCUCCAACACUUCUCUCUGGGAAGGAGUCAGGCCUUCCCCUGCUUCCGUGAUCGGCUCGACUCUUUCUCCUCCAUCCUCCUCAUCCUCAGCUAGGGCAGGAUCAUGGGCGUUAGGUUCAUCCACCGUGCUCAGAACAGCAACUUCGGUAACUUGGGUCAUCUUGACGUAGGAUCCAACGUUACUGAGGUCCUAAAAAGAACAACAUGAAUGAAAUCGUACGACUGAGAAACGGGAACAACGAAUAGAAACCAACAUCAUCCGAAACAACGCAUGUGAUCACGUCUGGUUAAAGCACCAAAGCUAAUUUCACUAUGCUAGGCUAUAAGACGAAAACCUAUUUACACACCUUAACUCUAACCAACUGAAAUGUUAUAUUAUAAGAACAACUUGCGAGAGCUCAAUAAAGUAAAGAUGUACAAAAUAAAACUACCUCGAUGCAUCAGUCCCACACUACAACAACGUGAGCAUUUUCAGGAAGAGAGCUGUCAAAACAAAGCUGCGCCCAACCAAUCACAUCGCUCCGCAUGUACCUACAGGCCAAUCACGGAGUGUUUCACUGCGCCGUAGCGGGAAGCCAUUUUGGUGCCUGUUUUAAACGUCAGCAAGACGUGAUGUGGACUACAAUUAAAGAUAGUAACGUCCCCCCCGUGUCAAAUAUCACCCGAAUAGAUACGGUGAUAGAAUAAAAAUAAACAAAGCGAAUCAUCCAAUGUGGAUGUAUCACAUUAAAUCCCAAGGUUCGCAUUGUGGACAAUAGGAGGCGCUAGAGAAAACUAAGGAAUCGCCAGAGCAAACUAAGGCGCAGUGCUCACGGUCGCCGGUAGGGGCCACUAGAGGAGAGUUCGGCGCAGCAGCAUCAUCCGUGUGUGAGCGCCGUCAGCUCCAGUGAGGGAAACCAGGAGAAAACAACCGAGCUGACCUCGAUAGUGUACAGUGAGCAACGCGACGACAACCAACGGCAGACCCACAGGAUAUACCUGCACACCUCGACAUGUAGCGGUCGUGUCUGAGCGGAUCGUGUCGUGGAGGACCAGAGAGCAGCCAUGUUGACACUGCCGCUUCGAACGCCACCGCUGUCGUCCUGUCUUCACCCCUCACCUCGCGUCACCUCCCUGCCCACCUAACUUCCCCCCCCCGGAGCCUCCUGGUGGGAGGCACGGCUCCUCCUCCUCCUCCUCCUCCUCCUCCUCCUCCUCCUCUUCGGGACCUACAGAAGAGGUCCUCUGCUUUCCGGGACCAUGUCUCCCCCACGCUACCUACCUCACCACGUCCUAUCACUGCUCUUCCUCUGGGCCCUACACCCGCCCACAGAAGUCUCGGCUAACCUCUGCAGGGUGACGGGAGGCGUCCUGGGCAUGCACUGGAGCAGCGUCCUCGGCCUGGGCUGGAGGCCCCUGGCCCGGGGGAACGCUGGCGCCACCUGCUGGCAGUCCUGCUGCCUGUCGCCCAGCUGCGGCGCGGUGUGGAGCCUGGGGGGCCACUGCGUCCAGCUCAGCUGCUCCAGGGACCGGGGCUGCGCCAUCGUCUCCCUGCCCCAGCCCCACCAGGAGUCCCUGGGCCUGCUGCAGAUGCUGGACAAGGGCCCGGUGAUCCAGAAGCGAUCCGUGAGGCGGCGCCGGGCACACAGAACUCAUCCCCAUGCCAACACGAGGAGCACCACGCAGGCCGACCCGGAGCCCCCCCCCGCCGUCGCUCUCCCUCCCACCACCCCCAAGAGCAGCAGCAGCAGCCUCGGCCCGUCGGCCAAUGGGAGCGCAGAAGCCGCACCGCCGCCCGUCCGCACCCAGGCCCCGCCGGCGUCGACGGGGCCGUCCGCCGAGGUCGCCGCGGCCUCCAACGCCACGGAGGGCGCGGAGGCCACGUCGCCACGUGGCCUCAGUUCACUCACGGUAGCGCUGACCAACCCGACGGCGGCAGGUAAGGCGGCGACGGAGACGGAGACGUGGAUGCUUGUUGCCAUGGCGAUCUCCUGA